AUGGUGCAGUGCUCUCCCAGGUCAUUGGGGAUGGAAAGAAGGUGGAAGUCCAAUGUUGAGGUAGCACCUAAUUGUCCAAGGUGUGCCUCUUCCAACACCAAGUUUUGUUACUACAACAAUUACAGCUUGUCACAGCCUAGCUUGUCACAGCCUAGGUACUUCUGCAAAGGCUGCAGAAGGUAUUGGACUAAAGGUGGUUCAUUGAGGAACGUGCCCGUCGGCGGUGGUUGCAGGAAAAACAGGCGAGCCAAGUCGUCUAAGUCACCGUUCCACGCUGAACAACCGGGCAUGAGUAAUGUUCACAACCUGUCUAGUCAUGGCCAGUCUGGGGGUGACCCAUUGGUGCUGUCACCAAGGAGGGCUAGUGAGCCAUCACAGAUUGAUCUAGCCGCGGUAUUUGCCAACUAUUUGAACCAAGAUUCGGGUUUCGGCAACAAGAUUGGUGGUGAUGAAUCUUCCAUUGGAGCCAAUUCAUCAUCCAAUUCAACACCUAAUUCUCUGGACUUAGUCAGGGAGUUAGAAGAUGUUAUGAUUGAAUGCCAAGAGACUCAGUUUCUUUCAGGGCUUCCUCAGGUGUUUGUAGGUGAAGAAAAUGUUGAUGGAGCCAUGGUCCAUGACCCGAAUGCUUUCGAGUUGCAGUCUCUGCUUGGUGAUGGACUAGAGCAAGAGAAUUCAUGGCCGGAUGGUCCGAGUAUGGAGAAUUUUGGAUGGCAACAAGAAUUUGGAACAUUAUCGACCGAUGAUCAGUUAAGAAUUUCAGCUAAUCUGAUUAGUAAUAAUUGGAGCUCAUUCGAUCUAUCAGAUUAUGAAAUUUUUUCAAGACCUUGAAACCUAUCAAGUUGGAUUUCUUUUUUGGUUCUAAUUUUUCUUCUGUAGGCUGUAGCUUCUGGGAAGUUAACUGUUACAUUUCCCUGAAAGAGAU